GAAAAAAAAGAACAGGAUAAGUAGUUUGGGAUGUAGAUGACGUCAACACUGAUCAGUUACGAGUGAUUUACGAUUUUGGUUUUGUAAUUCUUUUAACCAAAUCUGAUCACUUCCCCUUUGUUUUGUUUCUCAAUCCAAAUCACUUGGCUUCUAAUCUUAAAACUUUUCAUUUAAUCUUCUAAUGGCGGAUCAGAGCAAGAACACUCCACAGAUCUUCGAGCUUAACAAUGGCACCAUGCAGGUCAAGAUCUCAAACUACGGCACCACCAUCACCUCCUUGUCUGUUCCCGACAAGAACGGGAAAUUGGCUGAUGUAGUUCUCGGAUUCGACUCGGUGGAUCCAUAUGUGAAAGGGCUUGCACCAUACUUUGGGUGCAUAGUUGGUCGUGUGGCAAAUCGGAUCAAAGAGGGAAAAUUUAGUCUCAAUGGUGUCAACUACACUUUGCCUAUCAACAAGCCUCCCAAUAGUCUCCACGGUGGUAACAAGGGUUUUGAUAAGAAGAUAUGGGAAGUUGCAGGGCACAAGAAAGACGGUGAAAAACCUUUUAUUACUUUCAAAUAUCACAGUGCUGAUGGGGAAGAAGGUUACCCUGGUGCGGUUUCUGUCACGGCGACAUACACUCUCACGUCAGCCACGACGAUGAGACUUGACAUGGAAGCUGUUCCAGAGAACAAAGACACUCCCAUCAGCUUAGCUCAGCAUACAUAUUGGAACUUGGCGGGUCAUGACUCAGGAAACAUUCUGGACCAUAAGAUUCAGAUUUGGGGGUCUCAUAUCACGCCGGUUGACGAAUACACAGUUCCUACAGGGGAGAUAUUGCCGGUAAAGGGGACGCCUUUCGAUUUCACUGAGGAGAAACGGAUAGGCGAGUCUAUUGGAGAGGUUGGUAUUGGAUAUGAUCACAACUACGUGUUGGACUGUCCUGAUCAAGAGAAGGACGGGCUGAAACACGCCGCGAAGCUCAGCAAUGGUGCUAGCUCAAGGGUACUGAACUUGUGGACCAAUGUGCCGGGAAUGCAGUUUUAUACCGGGAACUAUGUGAAUGGAGUGGUUGGGAAAGGGAAUGCGGUUUACGGGAAACAUGCGGGUGUGUGCCUUGAGACACAGGGAUUCCCGAACGCGAUUAACCAGUCGAAUUUCCCGUCUGUUGUGGUUAAAGCUGGUGAGAAGUACCAGCACACAAUGCUGUUUGAGUUUUCAGCUUGAGUGAAGGGGUUGGUAUUUAGAUGGACGUUUAGGUGUUAAAUGAUGGGAAUAAAGGGCCGGUUCAUUUUGAUUCAUUGAGAGUGAUUUUAAUUUCAUCUUUUGAUCGUUGUCGUGGAGAAUAAUAAUUAAACCAAAUUGUUGACAUUGAUUAAAGUUACUUUAUUUUUUCAUAUCUUCUAAACA